CGAACUUCCCUGACUGAGCUGCAGGAGAACAUCUCGGAGGAAAUAGCGGCACGACUGGGCCAGACGAACACGCAGACGCUUGGUGCAGAAGACAUGAGUCCCUCUUUGCGAACCUAUCCCCUCGACCUUUUAGCCUUGCCCCGACCGCAGUGACCUACAGCAGCAACACUGUAAACACCAACAUCCCCCGGCCGUUCAUGACCCCACUUCCCACAGAUGCCACGCCAUCGACCAGUAUCCCCCCUCGCACUGGAAACAUGCCCAUUGCGAGACUCGGACUUGGAUGACUAUGAGCUGGCGUGCUCAGACGAUGACCUUGACGAGAGCCAACGCUCCGCGAGGCGCCGGAGGGUUGAGAAGCUCGGGGAGGCAUACCUGAAGGGUACCUCUCUUUUUAUCCUCUCUGCUUCUCUCCGGGGUCCUUUGGAUGGAGGCUGGGUAAACCCAUGGAAAAAGGACAGGAGAAAAACCGCUGAAAACAAGCGCGACAACGGCCCGACAGAACAACCGGUAAUACCGGAAACCAACUCUCACAAACGCCGACACCACCAAAGCCCAACUGUCAUUCCUUGUUCUGCAUCUUCGGCUACCCGGCAGACUUGGUCUCGCCCUGAGCGUUCUCCCACACACGCAAAACUCAAGCCUACAGACCGGGAGCCUGGAUUAGCAUCUGCCGCGCGCGAUAGUCAAUCUCCUCGCUUCACUCGAUAUAAACCUACAGACUCAAAGUGGUUAAAAAAGGGCAAGGUCUCUACCCGAUUCCAGAAUAUCGAACCACCAACCUCUCCCACGACUAGUAUAUCUUCCCGCCAACUGAAAAAAGGUGGUGCGGCUGGUUCUCAGUCAAAUGGCAGACCAGGAUCGGCAGACUAUGAAUCAGCCAGAACAUCAAAAGGCCACCAAAGAAAGCAUUCGAAACAACUUGAAUCAGAAAAUAGUGUUUCAUCUUCCCACAGAGGACGUCACACACUUGGAUCGACCCUGCAGAAAGAUAGCUCUCAGUCUGUGAACGGAUCAGUCCACGUGGUAUCGUCAUCAUCUCAACUACCAAAAUUCGAGUAUCGAUUGAAACAACAUGGCAAGCCUACCGAGAAAAUAGAAAGACAACACAGUCCAAAACCUAGAGAGGAAGAUGGUAGUGAGGCUGGCACUGUUGGUACCUCUGAUGUGCCUGCAGACAAACCGGAGAAGCCUCCCGAUAAAUCUCCAUUGACAUGCGGUGCUGAACCUAUCCAGGUAGACCCUAACGUUCAGCAAAAUACAAUGAACUCUACAACCUUGACGAAUGCCUCUAAUAUUGCGGAGAAUCCCAUGUCAACGAAUUUGGACAAAGGGUUGGUUAACAACCCUACCAAUGAGACCACAAGCGCAAACAACCUACCGUCAGCCCAACAUGCAGCUGUGAAUCCGGCACCUUCCGAUAACCUCACAUCCCUAUAUUCGAUUGCGGUGUCGAAAGCAACUUCAAACCGUACCGAGGAACAUAACGCCGAUCAGCAAUUUUCCACUCAGGCGGCCCUUAUGAUGGCGCAGAAGUCUUUCCAGAAUGAUAUUUUAAGCCCCGACUGCAGCCCGGUGACAUCAGCAAAGAAACGACGAGCAUCUCAAGACCCGAACCACCACUCCCCGAACGCAGUCAACAUUACUCCGUUCCACGCAAUCAACACGCGCGAGCGAGGAAUUCCCAGUGGACUAAAUGAACUCGGGACAGAUAGGCGGGAAAUGUUGAGCACACAGUACAUGGUCGACGCUGUGACACCCUUCACAUUUAGUACGGAGAAGAAAGCCGAAUUCCGUACACUGUCCUCUGGAAAAGAUAUCUCGAAAGACAAGAAGCGAAAAACAACCAGUUUUGCUUUAUCAUCGCCGUCUGAGAUCCCGUCAGAGGAUUGGACGCCUGAAGAGGAACACACGGAAGGCAUUGUGCAGCCGAACUCGGCAGAAGCUCGUAAUUCGCCUUCUGGAUCUGAGCAGAACGCCCUGCCAAUGACCCUGACGGGCACAACACCACCAACAGCCCAGGAAGGACAAGCUGUGGAAAGCUUUGAUCUCAGCCAGGCAAUUGCAGAAGCGGGCAGCUGGUUGCAGCAAAGCUUCGAGAUCAAUAAGGACAUUACGCACUGCAAAUCUGCCCAGCUGCCUCGACCUUAUCCUUCAGAGACUGCUCAAUAGUUUCAGAUGCUGAACUGUAAUAUUUCUCGCAUUUCCCUCGAGACAUAUCUAUGGCGUUCCUAGCGAUGCUCUCCAUUUUUAUUUUAUGAUAGCAUAGCGAUUUGGUACUCUUCACGGAGUUUCGGGUUUUAACUAGUCCAUGAACAUAAUUUUCUAUUUUGUUAUCCAGGACGUAAAAUUUUAAUUACAGUAUUAUGAAAAUAUAUGGGGUUCUCGAG